AAUAUCCCUUGAAUGAUGGUGAUGGACUGUUUGUUUAUGUCAGUCUUUCUAUCCGCGCGAAUUUCGGAGUCACGUGACGGUACAAAGGCAGCACUUAAGCCAGUGGCGCGCUCUUCAUACACGAGCGGUUGUGCUGCGCUGAGUCGUGUGUGCUUAUCGUGCAAUUUCCGUGAAAACAUGAGUUCCAUCAGAAGACCCAAGCAUGCAGAGAAUCCCUCUGAAAACAUCAAGAAAUUCCUUUUAGCACCAACAUCUGGAUCAGGGAGGAGGAUGCUGCAGGUCCUUCAGCCGUCUACUGUCAAUAAGAACCUUGGUCGUAUCUUUGAGAAUGGCAAAGCGGUUCCUAAAAGGAAGAUGUGGAGCGCUGAGCAGGUUAAGGGCUCAAAGACGGUCAAAGCAGAGGUGGCUGUAAAAUCCCUAAUUCCAGAAAAUGAAAACCAACCUGAGGGGGUCACACAAGAGGCCUAUGAGCUCAUGAUCAAAGAAACUCCUGGGUCCUCCUACUGGAAGGAGGUGGCAGAAGAGAGGCGGAAAGCCCUGUUCAGUGUUCUCCAAGAGAAUGAAAAGUUGCACAAAGACAUUGAAGCCAAAGAUGAACAGAUUGCUCGGCUGAAGAGUGAAAAUGAGGAGUUACAGGAGCUGGCACAGCAUGUACAACACAUGGCUGACAUGAUUGAAAGAUUAACCGGUAAAAGUCCAGACAGUCUAGAGGAGCUGCGUGAGAUGGCUUUUGAUGCUGAAGAUGAUGAGGAGGAGGAAGAAGAUGAGGAACAACAUGGAGAUGAGAGUGAAGCUGAUGAGAGCCAGGACAGUGUUGAACUGAGCACAGAACAGUCACAUGACCAUGAUGUGCCACAAAAGAAUGACUCCACAGCAAAUGAAAGCUGAAAUUAUGCAUCCUGAAAAAUGCUCAACUGAAAAGAACCAUGACGGUCCAGUUGUUUGGUUUUUAUUUGAAUGUUUAUCUUUGCCUUUGAGAACAGAUAUGCACCUUUUGUUUUAAUACUUUUACUCUUGCUGUAAAUUAGCUUUUAUUUUCAGUACCUGUAGUUAAUGUGCAUGUUCACUGCUAGUGUCCAUAUGUAAAACUGAAUGCAUACGAUGGAAAUAAACUCAUAUUUUGUA